AUGCGAAUAAUAGUAUUAGUAUUUCUACUGCCGUGGGUAGUCACUACACAGAUACCCAUAACCACCUACGGACAGUGCCAGGCAUUCUGUCUCUCAGAAUAUGCUGCAGCCAAAGAAUAUUUCACAUUGCUAGGUGAUUCAUAUCAGGAUGUUGAAAUCGUUGAUAAAGACAAAUUCAAUUUGUGUAAAUUGGGAUGUCAGUCUCCUCAUAUGAAAGACAUUGAUCUGCCACCCAUCCAUAUUGGACAACGAGCUUAUCAUGAAAUCACUAAGCAGGGAUCCGUAGAUGCUAUUACGCGAUCACCUGUGUCAUCUGUUGGCCUUCUCUGUGUAGAUCUAUCUGACUCUUUGAUAUCUGGUCGUUUAGUUCUGAAUUUAACAGAAGAAGCUGUCGGCUUGAAUUUGGUUCAUUACAUAGAGGCCGUUGGAACAGAUGAGAAUCAAAUCGCUCAAAAUAUUUUCUGGCAAUUAUGGGCAUACAACCCAGUCAUCGACUUCUCAACAACAACCCCCAAUUCUACUGAUUUCAUUCAAUUCCGAGUGCAAUCCUUCAGUCAGGAUGGACUUAUGGGACAACUUGUUAAAUCCAACUGGAUAAGUGGAGAAACUAUCAACAUUUCAUCCAAAAACCAGAUCGAUGUGAUUGUGGACGAUGUUAUAUGGAAAGAUGAGACAGCUUCAGCCAAGUUGUCGUUUCCGGAACUCGGGAAUAAUCAAUUAACUGUUUGUUCAAUGAGAAUAACUUAUGUUACUCACACUGGACACAAACAAGUCUUUGAUUUCACCAUGGAUCGUUCACGUGGUUAUGUUAUUGAUCGAUUAUCGUUCCACCGUAACUACACAGUUCAUGUUGCGCCAACAUCAAACUCUAAAGACUUGACCAGCCAAUUGGCUCCAGAGACAGUAAUCAACUUACCUGUUCCUAAGUGUUUAGCGCUUGUCACAGACUCUUCCAUGUGUUCACCACCUCCUGUCGAUAUGAUUGAAUGGAAGUGGAAUCGUAGCCGCACCGAGGGAAACUUCUUAGUUCUAGCAUGGAGUUAUGGUUCCUUGUUAGAAAACGACAGCGGGAAAAGUAAUAAGGUUGCUUAUCCAACCAACAUUAACUUUCAAAUUGAAACAUCGCCAAUAGCUGGAACUGAUCAACCUCAUUGCCAACUACUAAAGAUCCAACGACGAGAAGUCUCAGGGACACACCGCUCAAUAAUUUUGCACAAUCAGGAUGAUCGAUGCAAUUAUGUGAUCGGGAUAACAGUUUUCGACAGUCGAAACAGAAAGAGCUCAACUGAGAAAGUUCGGGUAGUUCCCUAUGAUGAAGCCCAAGGAAUGUUGGCUCUGAGCACAGCUCAAUGGAAUUUCGAAAUGUUCUUACUUGUUAUCUUUUUGUUGGCUCUUCUCAUUGUAGCAGGAGGUAUGGCAGUGUGUAGAAUUCGUGAUCGGAGUGAAUUCAACACUUUGAAACGAGAACAUCGACAGUUAACAAAGAGCAUAGUGGUUGCUCAAUCUGCAUCAACUUUACCUCGAUCUCAUUGUUUAACAAUUGUCGAUGGAAGAGGGCGCCCAAUAUCGAGUGAUGAGAGUGAGAUCUCGAACCAUAUCAAUAAUAGCAAUAUGAUUGCAUCUAAGAGUCCUCAAUACUACCCUGAUGAAGGCGUAUACGAUUCCUUGGACACCCCAACGCGUAGCGAGGCUUCUUACUUUGAUCGUUUAUCUUCCUGUAGCUUAACAAGAGCAAACCCCAUCUACUCAGGAAUUAACUUACACGGUGUCAUGGCGCUGCCAUUCGAUAGAUUGCAUGUUACUCAAUAUCAUCGUUCAUCCAGCUCUGGUUGGUCGAGUUGCCAUGCCCUAGAUAAGACCGAUGGUUCAGCCUAUUUAAUGAAAUAUUCAGCUGAUGACUCUGCUUCCCUACGUCAUGAACUGGGUAUUGUCUCCAGAAUUUCCACGGACCACCCUGGUCUUCUGUAUUUCCAAGGAUUAGCUGUGCGAGAAAGUCAAGCAUUAGGAGUUCUGUUUGAACCUAUUCGAGGUGGAACUUUGAAUACAUUCCUAUCUGAAGUUCGUACAUGUUUGUUUGACCGCCGUAAUGACAACACUCCUUCCCCAGCCAGCUCUGGAUAUGAUGGAUCUAAUCAGAGUCAUGAAUCGCUUGACCGUUUCCAACAGAAAAUCGACCGUCUGACCGUCCACUUGUACACUUUUUCUAAACAAAUCGCCAGCGCAGUGAACUUCCUUCAUCUGCAGAACUGUGUUCAUGGAUCAAUCACGACUAAUUGUAUUUAUUUAUUAAAAUCAUACAGAGAUUGUCUUCAUCUACCAUGUGAUCAGAUGGCAAAGUUAGGAGAUUAUGAACAUUCUAUCCAAGGGGAAACCAUUCUGAACAUUGGUCCAAUGAAUGUAUCGCCUUCAAUCUUGCCUCCAGAAGUUAUAAAUGGAAAAGUGUUUGCAGCUCCGGGUGAUAUCUGGCAGUUCGGUCUUCUUUUAAGUGAAAUAGUGACAUUAGGAGUUCUCAAUUCUCUUUGGGAGUCAUCAGAAGGAACAAUCUCUGAUAAAUCAAUUAAGAACUUCUAUUCUCGAUUGUCAACAGGGCACGACAACUCAAUUAAGAUCGAUCCAGGAUUGGUUCAAUUAAAACAGAAAAUACCAAAAUGCCUAUUGGUGGACCCAAAGAAACGAACUUCCGCCAAAGAUCUUGUGAAGGAGUUAUCGGAUAUUCAACCACAGCCAGUUUUACGUGAACAUAUGGAAUCAGUAGAAGUUUAA